AUGGAACCAACGCACUUCAAAGCUCUCACUGGACCGAGACCUGCGCUGCCCCAGUACAUCACGCAAGCCACGGCUGUCUCCUCCCAGCAGCCCGCGGCCAUGACCUUGGGUGGGCUAAGUUGGUUUUCCGUUGUUGCCGAGAGUGGAGUCUGUGAAGCGGUGCCAGAUCAGUUGUUGGCACCCUCUCCCUCAUUCACCCACACCACACCGCUGCUGUUUUUGUCCCUGUGCUGCCCCCUGAGCCUCAGUCCGGCCUCUGCCCCCAGCCUCACUACGGCCUCUGCCCCCAGCCUCACUCUGGCCUCUACCCCCAGCCUCACUACGGCCUCUGCACCCAGCCUCACUCCGGCCUCUGCCCCCAGCCUCACUCCGGCCUCUGCCCCCAGCCUCACUACGGCCUCUACCCCCAGCCUCACUACGGCCUCUGCCCCCAGCCUCACUACGGCCUCUGCCCCCAGCCUCACUCCGGCCUCUGCCCCCAGCCUCAGUCCGGCCUCUGCCCCCAGCCUCACUCCGGCCUCUACCCCCAGCCUCAGUCCGGCCUCCGCCUACCCCCAGCCUCAGUCCGGCCUCUGCCCCCAGCCUCAGUAG